GAAGCCUUGUUUCCACUUUACGCUCCUCCGACUUCUCUAGAAGUGGAGCUAAUAUUCACGAGUCUCGCAUUAUCUACUAGUCAAUUUGAAAUGCUCUUGGAUCUAAUGUAUAGAAUCGCCAAGGGUUAUCAAGGAUCGCCUGAUCUUCGCCUGACUUGGCUCGCAAACAUGGCGCAGCAGCACAUGGAAAGGAAAAAUCACACGGAAGCAGCAAUGUGUUUGGUGCACAGUGCCGCUCUGCGGCGCAAUAAGAAUCUGAUUAGUCCCGAUCAGCGGGAUUAUCAGCGGGAGCUGGAGAGAAAUUAUCAGAGAUUGACCGAGAGAUUGGCACCUCUCAUUGCUUGGAG